AUUACUAUAAGAUCGCCAAAUGAAAUGAAACGCCAAUCAUCCUUAUUAGAAGAACGCAGCGAUGAUCGCGUAUCCACCGGAAUGAUGACGUCAGCAACGGGAGAGAACUUAGUUUACAGGGGAGUGCGCCGGCGUAGUUGGGGAAAAUGGGUAUCGGAGAUCAGGGAACCAAAGAAGAAAUCAAGAAUAUGGCUGGGGACUUUUCCGACAGCAGAGAUGGCGGCUCGAGCUCAUGAUGCAGCCGCAAUAGCCAUCAAGGGACCAUCGGCUCAUCUCAAUUUCCCUGAUUUGGCUCACCAGCUUCCCUGCCCGGCUUCCAAAUCGCCGAAAGAUAUUCAAGCUGCGGCGGCAAAAGCAGCGGCGAUGACCGCCUCCGCCCAUGGAAAUGAUGAGCCGAUUUCUGUUUGGCCGGAGGAUGAUCAGGAAGAAGAGGGAAGAACGCCGGCGUCGUCGUCGUCGAGUUCGCCGGCGGCGGAUACGGUUGUUGAUGAUCCCUUUUUGGGGUUGCCGGAUCUCUAUGUUGAUCGGAGUGAUUAUCAUAAAUUGUUUUAUGUAUUGCCACGGCUAGCCGGAGAAGAUGAAACGUGUAUGGAAGAUCCUUUGUUGUGGUAUUAUUAAUUAAUUAAUGGUAUUGUGAAUUUUCAAAUGUGCUCAUUGUUUUCUAUUUUUCUUCUA